AUGGCCUCAAUUUCCACGCCCUCCUCUGUUCUUCCUAAUUCACGAUCAUUCCGGCAGACGCAAUCCCGGGCGGGCUUGACCGGCGGCGGAUAUAUUUCAUCGCCGUCGAGUCGGUUUGGGCCUCGGACGGUGGGCAUGGCAGUAUCUAGGCGCGAUGUGGGGAGUUCUGCGGCGUAUAGGGUUGGGGAUUUUAUGACCAAGAAGGGGAAUCUGCAGGUCCUGAAGCCUUCUACCACUGUUGAUCAAGCCUUGGAGGUUCUGGUGGAGAAGAGUCUAUCUGGAUUUCCUGUAAUUGACGACGACUGGAAAUUGGUCGGUGUUGUCUCAGAUUACGACUUACUAGCUCUACACGCAAUUUCAGGUGUGGGCGGUGGUGGUGGGGAGACGAAUAUAUUCCCAGAUGUGAACAGUAGCUGGAAAAGGUUCAAGGAGAUACAGAAGUUGUUGAGCAAGACCAACGGGGAAGUUGUAGCAGAUUUGAUGACGCCCGCUCCAUUGGUUGUUCGUGAAGCUACGAACUUGGAAAGUGCUGCCAGGGUGUUGCUUGAAACAAAGCUACAUCGUUUGCCCGUGGUAGACCGCGAUGGGAAGCUGGUGGGGGUUAUCACAAGAGAAGACAUAGUUAGAGCUGGGCUGCACAUCAAGCGCACUCACCAGAGUUAAUAUGGCUGCAGCUUUUGUUACAGAUUAUGCAUUAUGUUGCUAUAUUUUUUGUGCCUAUACCAAUUUUGACUCUCAUUC